AUGGUAUAUAGAGGGCCUAGCAGCGGCUGCUCGACCUGUCGAAAACGUCGCGUCAAGUGUGACGAGAAUACCCCAGGCUGUGGCAAUUGCUUGAAGUUGAGGGUGAGGUGUCCGGGGUAUAAGGAUGUCUUUGAGAGACGGCACCGAAGCGAAACACGCAAAGUGGUUGGGCGAAAUGGUGGACAUUCUCGCUGCACUAACAUACUUGUGCCAGAAAGCAGUGAUUCUGCAAAGGCUUCCCUCAAAGACCAAGUAGAUUCGACAUCAUCUCCGAUCACUUCUCCCUCUAUCGUCCUGCCACCACCGUUAGAUUUCGAAUAUCUUUCGCUGAGCUUCUUCUUUCAAGCGUAUGGCUCCAACGGAGGCAAAGAUGGCACAUGCUCAUUAUUCGCUAUUAUCGGGGACCUGUAUGCUGAAUGCACCCAGCGGUCUCCUCUAUUCUUCGCUACAUGUGCACUUGCCAUUAAAAUCGCCGGGCUCUGGAGUCAACACGAUGCUAAUCUAGUGCCUGCACAUCGCCGCUACGCCGAGGCUGUGACAUGCACAAAGGAGGCGAUCAAGGAUCCAACCAAGAACAAGUCCGAUGAGCUCCUAAUGACUGCACUGAUUUUGGAAGUUUAUGAUGAUAUUAGUGCGAAAUACCAACACGGGCCAAGAGCAAGUGUACAUCUCUCAGGCUCGAUGGCGCUAUUAAAACAUAGGGGCGAGAUGAAUUAUCGAGAUGACGUGUCGCGGCGCAUAAUGCUCGCAGCUCGAAAUAAAAUAAUAGCUGAUGCGAUAUUAAGCCGUCGAAAUAUUCCGGAAUUGCCCACCUUGUUCCAACAAGCUGACGAGCGGAUGCCGGCCAACCCAGCAAUCGAGGUGGAUAGGCUGGCCUUUCGGGUCUCCAAGUUGUCAAAUUUAAUGCGAUCAGAGGGUAAAACAAGCGCAGCAGUCGUUGAGGGGGCAGAAAACGAAAGAGGCCCUUCUUUUCUGACUCAGGCCGCUACACUCGCGGCGGACUGCACACGGUGGAUUAACAGUCUCCCGGACCAUUGGCACCCAGUGAGGGUGAAUGGCGAUGCAAUUGCUGAGACAAUACAAGCGGCAGGCUUAUAUGACGAAUCGUGCGAUGUGUACAUCAACUUCUCAGUUGCAGCGACGCGGAACUGGCAUCGCUUGAUCGAGCUCCAUGUUCUUCUACUUCUUUGCCAAUGCUCGGCAAAUAUUACCUCUCACCCUGCACACAACAUAGUAUUACGGGCAGAGAACAUUGUGACCGAGAUCUGUGCAAGCGUUCCAUAUCAUGUUGGAGAUAUGAUGGAGCCAACAAGGCCCAUCAAUGGGCCCAGGGUUAGAUUUCCACAGAUUCGGAUGCCGCCUUCAACACAUGUAACACAUGCGUCUUUCCCUGAGUCAAUCCUCAAGCAUGAACGUCAAAUCGCUUCAUCGGGCGCCAUGGUCAUCUACCGUGUCUUGACUACAGUAAUUUUACUGGCUCAAGACGAAGGCCAGGCAGCCUCUUUCCUCUUGAAGCACAACCAGAGACUCUGGAUUUCAGCCCAGAUCUUGAGAUUAAAACGGCUGUUGAGGUUUCCACGUUCGGGGCAAAUCUAG